ACUCAGCCGUACAAUUGAGCACCGAGUGGACCUCUGACGCCUCCGACUCGUCUACCACUAAAACUUUGCGCAUUCAAGACACGAAGAACAGUGCACAGUCCGCUCCGAAGCGCAACUACCCCUCCAAAUACCCCACCAUCCGUACAAGGUCGUGUUUACCAGGUCCCAGGGACACUGAUCACACGCCAAAAUGCCUACUAUCGGGGUAGACAAGGCGGCACUCUACAAAGAACUGGGCCGGGAGUAUACCACUCAAGAGUUUGACGAGCUAUGUUUCGAGUUCGGAAUCGAGUUGGACGAGGACACGAGCGAGAGCACCAAGCCGGAAGACCUGGCGCAACCACCACAACUCAAGAUUGAGAUCCCUGCGAACCGAUAUGAUAUGCUCUGCUUCGAGGGCAUCGCCAUGAAUCUGAAGGUCUUCCUGGAGCAACAGAAGCUGCCAAAAUGGACUGUGACUGCGCCUGCGAGCGGAGAGUUGCAAGUGUUGGACAUUAAGCCCGAGACCAAGCAAAUACGAGAGCUCUGCUCAGGUGUGGUACUGCGAGGCAUCAAAUUCACCAAAGAACGAUACGAGUCUUUCAUCGCGCUGCAAGAUAAGCUGCAUUCGAACUUGGCGCGUCAGAGGACGUUGGUAUCGAUCGGAACACACGACUUAGACACAAUCAAGGGCCCCUUCUCAUACGAGGCGCUACCGCCGGAGCAGAUCAAGUUUGUACCACUGAACCAGGAAAAGGAAAUGAACGGCAAGGAGCUCAUGGAGUUUUAUGAGAAAGACAAGCACCUUGGUCGUUUCCUCCACAUCAUCCGCGACUCGCCCGUAUACCCCGUAAUCUACGAUUCAAACCGAACAGUCCUCUCGCUACCUCCCAUUAUCAACGGAAACCACAGCAAGAUCACGCUCGACACCAAGAAUGUUUUCAUUGAAAUCACCGCCACCGACAAGACCAAGGUAGAGAUUGUCAACCACAUGCUCGUCGCCAUGUUCGCUGGCUACGCAGACUCUAUAGAGCCCAUCAAGAUCACCUCCCCACAUAAUGGAGAGUCAAGAGAGUCACCAGAUCUAUCACCGCGGGAGAUGCAAGCAGAGGUUGACUACCUGAACCAAGUCACUGGUCUAGACCUGUCGCCGGAAGAGAUCUCGAAACUCUUGUCACGCAUGGGUCACGAUGUCUCCCCUUCCAAGUCUGACAAGAACAUCCUCGAUGUAUCCGUACCCAUCACACGAGCAGAUAUUCUGCACCAAGCCGAUAUAAUGGAGGACUACGCGAUCGCAUACGGCUUCAACAAGUUGCCACGAGUUUACCCGAACAAGACUGCCGCUGUAUCAGCUCCAUUACCCAUAAACAAGCUCAGCGACAUUGUACGAUUAGAAUCAGCCUCCGCAGGAUGGACGGAAGUCUUGCCUCUCAUCCUCUGCUCGCACGAGGAGAACUUUGAGUGGCUGAACCGAAAAGACGAUGGCAAGACUGCAGUCAAGCUAGCGAACCCCAAGACCGCAGAGUACCAGCUAGUACGGACGUCACUACUACCUGGUCUACUCAAGACCAUCAACUCCAACAAGCACCACUCUGUACCGAUGAAGAUCUUCGAGGCCAGUGAUGUUGGACUUGUGGAUUUGGAGCAGGAGAGGAAGAGCAGGAACGAGCGACACUUUGCAGCGGCAUUCAUGGGCAAGACAAGUGGUUUCGAGCAAGUACAUGGUCUACUAGAUAGGCUGAUGCUCAUGCUUCGAUCGGCCUUCUUGACCCGGGAAGAUGGGCUGAAGAACGAGCAGCUACAGGGUUACUGGAUAGAGGAGGUUGAUGACCCCACCUUCCUUGCUGGUCAUUCAGCAGCCAUCAAACUUAACCUCGGCGGUAAGAAUCACACCAUCGGUGUCUUUGGUAUUCUGCACCCAAGUGUGCUACAAAAGUUCGAGUUGCCAUACCCCGUUAGUACAUUGGAGUUCAAUCUAGAGGUCUUCCUAUAGAUGUGUAGAGUACCCUGGCUGAAGCUGCGAAUCGAUUUGCAAAAUCUAAAUAAGAUGUGAAUCAAAUCAUUCGACCGCCCAAUAUAUUGUUCCAUCUGAAUC